AUGUUCUGUGCAAUCUCCAACACGACGCCCGAAGUGCCGGUCGUGAGCAGCAAGAGCGGCCACCUCUUCGAGAAGUCGCUCAUCGAGAAGGCGCUUGAGUCGUCCGGAGGACGGUGCCCGGUGACCGGUGAGCUGCUCGCGGCCUCGGACCUGCUGCCACUCAAGGUGGGCGCCUCGGUCAAGCCGCGGCCGGCGGCGGCCACCUCCAUCCCCGGGAUGCUCUCGCUCUUCCAGAAUGAGUGGGACGCACUCAUGCUCGAGCUCUACUCGACAAAGCAGGCACCGCACCCCCCCCCACACACACACGCACACACCUCGCCCCGCCUU